AUCUAAUCAGUAAUCAGAAAUCAAGUUGCAAUCGCACCAGAAACUUUAUUUCAGCCACCGCUAAAAUAUUUCCUUGUCUUAAUAUUUUUAGAUUUCUACCAACCACAAUGGCAAACGAAGCAGAACCCCAACAAAAAAUAAUUAUUACUGAUUCUUCGAAAAUGUAUGAAGAUAUGUCACCUUACUACUUGAGGGAAACGUUUUCCGACAUUCAACUAAUCCUACCCGAUAAAAAAAUUCAUGCGCACAAAAUUGUUCUCGCUGCUAGGUGUAAAUAUUUUGAGUCUCUUUUAAUGAAAAACCCAAAAAAACAAACUUAUAAGAUUACUUUACGGAAUGUGCCUUCCAAAGCUUUUGAAACAAUACUGUGUUACAUGUAUACAGGAUCCAUUGCCAUCGCAUCGGAAGACGAAAAUGACAUAUCCGAUAUAUUGCAGCUAGCACACGAAUAUUCAUUAAAAACACUGGAAAAGAGUAUAAUCGAAAAAAUGAAUUCCAUUGUGAAUUUGUCAAAUGUAUGUUCCUUUCUAAACAAGGCCAAUGCACAUGACAUGGACGAGUUAAGAGAAAUAUGUCAUACUUUUAUUGAUAAGCAUGUUUCGCAAAAGCUAGAAUAUGAUUUUUUCAAUAUUCUCACACAAAAAUCUAUGAUUAACUUGUUGAAAAGAGAUGCGUUUCCUGUUGAAGAAAUUAAUGUCUUUAAGAUAGUGGCCAACUGGUGCAAAAUUAACAAAGACUUAUUAAACAAGUUGGUUAUUGAAUGUAUUCGGAUAUCUACGUUAACGCGAAACGAAAUUUUGACUGUUGUUUGGCCGUCUAAAAUAGUAGAUAAAGCAAAACUGUUGAAUGCUCUUGCAGCGAUUGAGGUUAACGGUCCGAAAGAAACACAGCGAUGCUUUGCUGGACGGUUGAAAGAUAAAAAUCUUGCUACAGCAGAAUAUAAUGUUAAAGUAAUUUCUGGAUUAAAUACCGCAAUGUUUUUUGAAGAAACUGAAAGGUAUGAAGAAGGUGCUUAUCACAAUGAGGACGAUAAAAACGGUAUUACUGUAGAUCUUGGUGCCGUAAAAUGCUUCAAUUACAUAAAAAUGUAUGUAAUAUAUGGUUCGUGGCCCCGUUACUACAUAGAAGUUUCAACAGACCUUGAAAAGUGGCAUAAUGUUAUAGAUUACAGCAAAUACUAUUGUGCGUGCAUUCAAAACUUAUAUUUUGAAGGACAACAGGCUAGGUAUAUUAGGAUAGUCUUAAAGACCGAUGGAGCCAGAAUUUGUAGAUUUCAAGUUUACAUGAGCAGUAAGGUUCCUAAAAUACAUAACCAAAUUGUUUGCCCUUUUUCAAACAUCAUAACUUCCGAAACCUUCAUACUAUCAAAAAAUGAAAUAUACGUAAACAUACCAUUAGAACACACAAAAAUAGAUAGUUAAUGUUAAAAGUAUCUAAUGGUUGUUUACGUUAUACGUGGAAGCACUACUAUCUACAUGUGUGAAGUUUGCUCACAAGGAGAUAUAGGUAAGCAAAAUUCUAUGGCCACACGAGUACGAUAAUAAUGCGUUAGUCCACGUAAAACAUACAGAAUGUUAUCUGCAAUAAAAUUUAAAUAAAUGAAAAAUAUAUUUGUGUUUGAAAUAAUUGUACAACAAUCACUCAUUUGAGUGGGAUAGGUUAAAUUUAUCCCGAUGUUGUAGACAGAAACGGUUUUUAAACUUUUUUUUAUUUAUCA